AUGAAGUCCACUCUAUUAAUGUUCAUGAUUUUGGCUUUGGCCAAUUUUACAUGUAGAGUGGAUUCCCAAUUAGCCAAGAACAUCUUCUUGCUAGGAGGUCAGAGCAACAUGUUCGGUUUAGGAGGUGUUGUAAAGAAUAGUUGGGACGGUGUCAUUCCUCCUGAAUGUAAACCUAAUCCGGCCAUUCUCAAACUCGACGCCAAGUUGCAGUGGGUUGAGGCAAAAGAACCUCUACAUAAUGAUAUUGACACGAAUGUGACAUCUGGGAUAGGACCUGGGAUGCCAUAUGCGAAUGCCAUACUGAAAAAUGAUUCGCGUCUCGGGGUAUUGGGCUUGGUUCCAUGUGCAGUUUCAGGGAGCAAAAUAACUAACUGGCAAAAUGGAACUUUCCUCUAUAAUCAGUUGGUAAGAAGAGCAAAGGCUGCUGUGAGAGGUGGGGGUGUUAUUAGAGCUAUGCUUUGGUAUCAAGGGGAGAGUGAUACAGUGAGGAAAACGGAUGCUGAUGCAUAUAGAGGAAGAAUGCAAAAGUUUGUCACUGAUUUGAGAAAUGAUCUGGGAAUAUCAAAACUUCUGAUUAUCCAGGUGGCUCUUGCUUCUGGAGGAAAGCAUUACACAGGAAUAGUGAGGGAAGCUCAAUUGAAACUCGGCCUCCCUAACAUAAUUACUGUUGAUGCUCAAUGGUUGCCUCUUCAAAAAGACAAUUUGCACCUUACCACUCCUUCCCAAGUCCGCCUAGGGGGAAUGCUUGCUGCUGCCUUUCUCACAAUCCCUAAUAGUGCA